GCUUCUUGUAUCAACAACCGCAUAAACAUCAUGUCCGCCAGCAAAGUCGUCAUCCUCACCGGAGCAUCGCGAGGCAUUGGGCUUGCUAUUGCGCACUAUCUACUCAAGCAGUCAUGCCGUGUUGUGACGGUCGCCAGAAGCCGCGAGCCCAUGGAGAAGCUGAGUGAGCAAUACCCUGGACAGGUCGAGGUGCUUGCCGGUGAUCUCUCAGAUCUGUCGUUGGGACAGAGAGCAGCAGAUCUGGCAAAGUCAAAGUGGCAGCGUCUGGACAGCGUGAUUGUCAACCACGGUAUCCUCGACCCUGUCAAGAGAGUCGCCAACGUCGAGGCAGAGGAAUGGAGAUCCUUGUUCGACGUCAAUGUCUUCUCGGCCAUUGCACUGGUCAAGGCAUCUCUGCCAGCACUCCGUGAGUCCAAAGGUAGUAUUAUUCUUUGCUCUUCUGGUGCUGCUGCCGGCGCAUACUCCACCUGGGGAGCAUAUGGCGCAUCCAAGGCUGUGUUGAACCACCUCGCCAUGACUCUUGCUGUUGAAGAGCCUGAUGUCACCACCCUCUCAAUCCGCCCAGGCGUCGUGGACACGGAUAUGCAAGUAUCAAUCCGCGACGUGCACAACAACAGCAUGGACGCAAAAGACGCCGCCAAGUUCAAGGAGUUGAAGGAGACGGGAGGACUACUCAAGCCCGAGCAGCCAGGUCAUGUAAUGGCAAAGUUGGCAUUAGAUGCACCCAAGGACUUGAACGGCAAGUUCUUGAGUUGGAACGACGAGAAGCUUGCGGCUUUCCAAGAGGGAUGAACUAUAGAUAGACUUUCGACGUGUUAGUCGAAUGUACUUUCAACAGUGAUGCAGUAGUGAAGGUGGAUUGAAGAAGUGCAGUCAGUUGAAAGAUGAAAAGCAAUACAUUUUGAUCACCAUAAGGGUUUUAGCCUUCAGGUUUAGCAUGGAAUGAUUUUGUUCAUCACGCGAGGAAUGGAGAUGUGAAAAGAGUGGUGUACUGACCUUACGAUAUGCGAGACUCGAGGGAAUCAGAGUUCAUGGGUUG